AUGGGGGUCACGGUGGAAGUGCUCCAGGUGUACAAGUACCUCGAGCAGGUGGUGCCCCAACCCCAGGAUAAAAAUGUCAUCUCUGUAAAAAUAGUGGAGGAAAAGAAACAUGAAUCAACAGGAAUCAUCUACAGAAAGAGAAUUGCAAUUUGUCGGAAUGUGGUUCCAGAAAUUUUAAGGAAGGUGAACAUGGUAAAGGUGCCUAGUAUCCAGUUAGAAGAGGAAUCAUGGCUCAAUCUUCAGGAAAGAAACAUGGCUAUACUCUGCCUUACGUGGACACAGUGCUCCAUGAAGGAAGAGUCUGUCUUCCGGGAAAGUGUGGAAAAUCCAAAUUGGACAGAGUUCUUCAGAGAGCAGGAUUCAGUCACCGGGGCUGGAUUUUUCAACUGCAUUUUGGACUUUGCCAGCACGUUCUUAAGACAGGGAGCAAAGGGAAUUAGAAUAAUGGAGACUCUAAAGGAACAAUGUGGUGCCCCUUGGCCGAAUAAAGAAUCAUCAUGA